UAGAAUAUAAAAUAGUUCCGAUUUUUGAUUAUACUCUUGAUUUUGGGUUAUCUUGGACCUGAGGUUACUGUCAGCACAUUUGACAUCAUCAAGGAUAAAAUUGCAAUAUCACUGUUUUUACUUUUUAUCAUGCUAUUUCACUGGAAUGAUUGAAACGGUGACGUUUAGGUCAUCCUUGGUCUUAGCUUCGAUUUGUAAAAACGCCGUCACAAUUGGGGGUAAAACGAUUAUGGAAGACGACGAUCCCGAAACCCUAGAUCCGGCAUUGCAGAAGAAGCACCAUGACAUGCUUGAACGCCUCUCUGCUCGUCACCAAGCUCGUAAAUCCGAUUCACCUGACACUUCCUCCUCCUCCUCCUCCUCCACUCUCGAAUCGACUUCCUCGUUUCUCGCCAAAUUCUCCGACGCCAAGCGAUCCAUCGAGUCUCGAAUCGCUGAGUCACGACUCGUUUCCUCCUCCUCCUCGACGGAUUCGUCAAAGCUUAAAUCGGAUCUUGCUGAUAUCUCCUUAGCGAUCAACAAUCUCGAGAAGCUUCUCGCUGAGAACUCGUAUUUCCUUCCUUCUUACGAGGUACGAUCGUCUCUGAAAAUUGUAUCCGAUCUCAAGCAGAGCCUCGAGAGCCUCUCCGCCGAGUUAAUCCCGAAGAAGAAGUUCUCGUUCAAGAGCAAAUCGACGUCCAAAAAGCUUCCGGAGAUUCAAAAACCCGGCGUCGUUUCACCUCCGAAUCUCCCCGUACCCGUACGCGAUUCUCCGGGAUUGAGGAACAAGCGCGGAGAGACUCUGGUCAAAAGUUUCAAAGGCUCGUCGAUCGGAGAAUUCACAUUGUCGGAUCUCGAUUCAUGCCAAGUACAGUUAUCAGGAACUGUUAGCGCUCUGUUUCUUCACAGGUUGAAGUAUUGUAACGUCUACACAGGUCCAGUUGUUGGUUCGAUUCUGAUCGACGACGUACAAGAUUGUGUUCUUGUGUUGGCCUCGCAUCAGAUCAGAAUCCAUUGCGCUAGGGAGAGUGAUUUCUACCUGAGAGUGAGGAGUCGUCCCAUCAUUGAAGACAGUAAUGGUGUCAGAUUUGCUCCUUACUGUUUGGAUUACCAAGGGAUUGAGGAAGAUUUGAAGACGGCAGGUUUGGAUGAGGAGACUAAGAACUGGUCCAAUGUGGAUGAUUUCCGGUGGCUUAGAGCUAUACAGUCGCCGAAUUGGUCAGUCUUGCCGGAAGAAGAAAGGGUUUCUUCGGUUUCCAUUUCCAGUGAUGCAGGUUCUUGAGUUACCAAAUUACAUUCUUAUAAAGAUUUGGUCAUUUAUACCAAAGAAGCACUCUCUGUUUAGCACUAAGUCUCUUUUUUUUUUGGAAUAUUAUGAUUGUGUGUUCCAUUUUCAUUUCCAUCAUGGUGAGUGAGUCUGAUGAUAAACCAAACGAGACAGCUUUACAUAUUUGCUUUAUAAUCUGUGAUCUUGUAGUUGGUUUUUAAAUAUGGAGAUCAAUUUCUUUUGAUUUUGAUCUUGUGUUUAGAGAAAAGCCAAUACUAAAGGUCAAAGGUGUAAUUUCUGACA